CGGUUUAAAUUUUUUCUUACUAAACACUCCCAAAAGGCAAAAACAUUAACAAAAACCCAAAUACUAAAUCACGCUUGGCUUGCAUUUGUCUCUCUCUAAUUAUUAACCCAUACAAAUUUGCUUUAAUAAAACCCAAUUAAUACCUCUCUCUCUCUCUCCGUUUCCCAAACACCCACCACUAUCCAUAUUCCAUGUGAAGACUUUGACAAAAAUGGCCACUCCAAAGGCCAUGCUUUAAAUCCAGUCCUUGUCACAUCCAAUACCAUGCAUGAAAGUUUAAAUACCGCUAACCUUUAUUUUUGCCUUCCAACUAUGUUCAUUUCUUACUCUCACUUCCAAAAAAAAGCAUUGAUCCUUCUCUGUCGUUGGCCAUGACACAUCUGAACCCAACACUUUCUCUCCUACUACUCCUAUUCUUAUCUUCUUUGUGGGUUUUUCUUGCCGCGGCCUCACUUGCCGGAGACUCCGAAAUUUUGAUUCGGGUCAAGAAUGCCCAACUCGAAGACCCUAAUGGAGCUCUCGACGGUUGGGUUCCCAACACCGACCAUAAUCCCUGCAACUGGACGGGAAUCACUUGUGACCGUAACCCUCUCGCCGUAGUUUCGGUAAAUCUAACCGGAACCGGAGUCCGGGGUGAAUUUCCGGCUGGGUUUUGUCGGGUUCGGACACUCCGGAAUCUGAUUCUUUCGGAUAACGAAAUCAAUGGGACUCUGUCUUCUCGGGCACUCUUGUUAUGCUCUCACCUCCAAUACCUCGACCUCAGUAGAAACCUCCUCGUCGGGCAAUUGCCAGAGUUCUCGCCGGAAUUUAGCAAGUUACGAUAUCUCGACCUGUCGGCCAAUAACUUUUCCGGCAAAAUUUCAGCAAGUUUUGGCCUCCUUUCGUCUCUGACAGUGCUUCUUUUGUCUUCAAACUUUCUCACUGGCCCGAUUCCAUCUUCUUUAGGAAAUCUCAGCGAGUUAACUGUUUUGGCUAUUGGUUAUAAUAGCCUGAACCAGAGUUCUCUGCCGCCAGAGAUCGGGAAAUUGACCAAGCUCGAGGAUCUUUUCAUGCCGUUGUCUGAUCUCUCCGGGAGCAUACCAGAGACCAUUGGGAAUCUCGUUCAGCUGAAGAAAUUUGAUGUAUCACAAAAUCAACUAUAUGGAAAAAUCCCAGAAACCAUCGGAGGAAUGAAAAAUAUUAAGCAGAUUGAACUUUUUGGUAAUAGAUUAUCCGGCGAGUUGCCUGUAAGCAUGGGGAACUUGAGUUCUUUGCUUAUGUUAGAUGUAUCUCAGAACUCUCUCACGGGAAAAUUACCAGACGAGGUUGCAGCACUGCGUUUGACAUCUUUAAAUCUGAACGAUAAUUUUUUCGAAGGAGAAGUGCCUGAAAGUUUAGCCUCCAAUCAAUAUCUUGAGCAGUUGAAGAUCUUUAACAAUAGUUUUUCAGGUAACCUGCCAGAGAAUCUUGGCAGAAACUCCAGCUUGACGGAAAUCGAUUUCUCUACGAACAACUUCACCGGAGAGUUGCCUAAGUACCUCUGUGAUAGUAAAAAGCUCGUGAGCCUUGUCGCCUUCGGCAACAAAUUAUCGGGAAAUUUUCCGACUACUCUAAGUGAAUGUACUUCUUUAAAUUACUUACGGAUUGAAGACAAUGAUUUUUCCGGCCAAUUUCCUGCCGGAAUUUGGGGUCUUCCCAAACUUUAUUUCCUCAAACUUGCUCACAACAGAUUUGAAGGCCAUGUUUCUUCUUCCAUCUCUGGCGCCUACAAUCUUUCCACACUGUUGAUUUCCGGCAACAAAUUUUCUGGCCAGUUACCCGCGGCUAUUUGUAAAGUAAGUCGACUCGUGAGUUUAUCAGUGGAUAACAAUCAGUUCUCCGGUGAUUUACCUCUCUGUAUUACGGAGCUUAGAAAGUUACAAAAACUUGUAAUGGCGGAGAACAUGUUCACCGGGAAAAUACCCAGUUCAGUGAGUUCGUGGACCGAGUUAGUUGAGCUUAACCUGUCCAAAAACCGAAUUUUUGGCGAAAUCCCGCCGGAGUUGGGUUCUUUACCGGUUCUGAACUAUCUCGACCUUUCUGAAAACCUCCUCAGUGGUGAGAUUCCGACAGAGUUGACCAAGCUGAGACUCAACGAGUUCAACCUCUCGAACAACAGACUAUACGGAGAAGUUCCUUCGGGUUUUACACAAGUCCAAUUCAUUUUGAGUCUAUCCGGAAACCCCGAUCUCUGUAGCCCGAAUUCCAAACAAUUCCCUCCAUGCUCCAGACCCAAACCCGCCACCCUAUACGUCGUCGUAAUACUCUCCAUCUGUGCCGCUCUCUUAAUCGGGUCACUCCUCUGGUACGUCAGGAAAAAAAUGGCAGUAUUCGGACCCAAACCCAAAAGGCUCUGCAAACUUACCACAUUCCAACGGAUCGGAUUGAACGAAGAGGAAGUGAUAGUGCCACUAACAGAAGAUAAGUUAAUCGGGUCGGGUGGUUCGGGUCGGGUAUACAAAGUGAAGCUUAAAACGGGUGAAACCGUGGCUGUUAAGAAACUCUGGAAUGGGGAGAAGAAAGAAGAUACGGAAAAAAUAUUUGAGUCGGAAAUAGAGACUUUGGGUCGGAUCCGGCAUGGCAAUAUAGUAAAAUUGCUGUUUAGUUGUAGCGGUGAGGAUAACAGAAUUUUGGGGUACGAGUACAUGGAGAAUGGAAGUUUGGGUGACGUGUUACACGAAGAGAAGUGCGGAAGUCUAUUGGAUUGGCCACGACGGCUCACGAUAGCACAGGGAGCCGCACAGGGCUUAGCUUACCUUCACCACGACUGCGAGCCGGCUAUCGUACACCGUGAUGUGAAGAGUAACAACAUAUUGUUGGACGGGGAGUUCAGGCCCCGUGUGGCAGAUUUCGGACUGGCUAAGUCUCUUCAACGCCACGUGGCCGGCCAUGAAGCCAAUGGUGCCAUGUCACGUGUUGCUGGGUCCUACGGCUACAUUGCGCCUGAGUAUGCUUACACUUUGAAAGUGAACGAGAAGAGUGAUGUGUACAGUUUUGGAGUUGUGCUAUUGGAACUAAUCACAGGGAAGAGACCCAACGACUCUUCCUUUGGGGAGAACAAGGACAUAGUGAAGUGGGUAACGGAGGUCACUUUAUCUUUGUCAUCAUCACCUCAAGAAGAAGAUACUACAAGCCAUGAUGUUUCAGGGACUAGUAGUAGUCCUUGGAAAUUUUUUGACCGACUUGUUGACCCAAGGAUGGAUUUAACCACAAGUGAUUAUGAAGAGAUUGAGAAGAUUUUGGAUGUGGCACUUAUGUGUACCUCUAAGAUUCCCCUUAAUAGACCCUCCAUGAGAAAGGUGGUGGAAUUGCUCAAAGUCAAGGACCAGAAAUGGGCUCCAAAACCAUGGAACUAAUUAAUACAAUAGUAGUACAGUUUGGUGAAUGAAAUAGGAAAAAGAAGUUUUUCACCAUCUUGUAAUUAUUCGGAUUAGUCAUUCAGUUUAUGUUUGAUUAGAAGAACUGCACAAAGUUUAGUCUGAAAUUAGACAGACUUUGUUUUUUUUUUUUUUGAUGUAAAAUAUGUUUUCGGAGUGAGAAUUUGAUGGAAACUAGAACCACUCGUUACAUAAUCAUAUAAAUUAUUGUUAUCUCCUAGAGAACAUGAAUUUCACUUUUUUCCUU